AAAACACUAGGGGUCAAAGUUCCUUAUAAGUUACUAACAUACAACUAACCACGUCGAUAUUUAUAGGGAAUUUUCAAAGGAAAAACAAGAUGUUGGUACUCUGGUUACUAGGGUUACUCAGUCAUGCAUCAGCGGAAACAGUUCCUGUAACCAUUGGCAACCACUGGAGUGGUGGCUUUCAAGGGCGCUUCUGUUUACCGUUUGACCAUGACGUAUCUUCAUGGAAAGCUCGCAUUGAGAUCAGCGAGCCGACAUCGUCGUUAGAAGUCUGGCUGGCGGACAUAGAGUCUCAAAGCGCCGAUGGUAAAGAGUACGUCUUGGUGAACAAACCCUUCAAUGGGGUCGAACAUACAGGUGAUAAACUAUGCAUUGACUUCCUCGGCCAUGCCACCGGUGACAUCACGCCGACAGUCAACGUCAUCAUUGGUAAAAUGCCUGAUGCUACAAUACUGCCUUCAACACAGCCCAUGUCUACGACCCCAACUACACCGACCACGCCUACAACAACGGUGACACUGGGACCAGGAGAGACGUGGCCCCCAACCACAACUCGACCACCACCAACAGCUGGUCUGAAGCCAUACCAUGUGGGUCACAACCUGACCGCCCCGCUGACGGUGACGACUCACCGCGGGGACAUGUGGGAAGGACAAGUCUGUUUUGACCUGAAGGAUGAGAUCGUGGGCUGGGAGUUAAUCCUGGACUUCACGUCUGAUGUAAAGGGAAUCUCAACUUCGGAGGGGGAUGUGCUGGGAGCCUCAUCCUCGUGCGCCAAGCACUUCGUCAUGGUCAACCACAACUACAUGGGCAUUCACUAUGGAGGAAGUCAGUACUGUAUCAAGAUGUCUGGCAACGUCUGUGGCGGCGGCGUUCCUGCGGGAACAGGGGUUCUUGUGGACGUCACCAACGACGGACAAACGUUGCCACAUCUUCCCGUAAUAACAGGAGCCCAGACUACCAAGUACAACUAUGGGGAGAUCCUGAUGAAGUCCAUCCUGUUCUACGAGGCUCAGAGAUCCGGGAAACUCCCCGCUGACAACAGGAUCCCCUGGAGGGGGGACUCCGCCCUGGGAGACAAGGGGGCUAACGGGGAGGAUCUCACUGGAGGAUGGUAUGACGCUGGAGACAACGUCAAAUUCAACUUCCCCAUGGCCUUCAGCACGACCCUCCUGACCUGGAGUCUCAUCAGAUACAAGGACGCCUACGAGAAGACGGGUCAGCUGGAGAAGAUGUACGAGUGCAUCAAGUGGCCUCUGGACUACUUCAUCAAGUGCCACACCAAGCCGAACGAGCUAUACGCACAGGUUGGCAAUGGCGGGUCGGACCACGGAACAUGGACCAGCCCAGAGCGCAUGACAGAGCCGAGACCAUCCUACAAGAUCGACGCCUCCAAGCCUGGAUCGGACCUCGCCAUGGAGACAGCUGCUGCCAUGGCCGCUGGGUCAAUUGCCUUCAAGAAGAGGGACCCCGUCUACUCGGCCACCCUGCUGACACACGCCAAGCAGCUGUUUGAGUUCGGCAAGGCUCACCAGGGGAAAUACAGCGCCAGUGUCUCAGCUGCUGCCGGCUUCUACACAUCCCAGUCUGAUGCUGAUGAAAACAGCUGGGGAGGGAUGUGGCUGCACAAGGCUACCGGCGACAAGCAGUAUCUGGACUAUGCAGAGCAACACUUCAUGAACAAGUCCGCGUGGGGCUUCUCGUGGGACGAGAAGAUUGAUGGUGCAAAUGUGCUGCUGUAUGAGGCGACGAAGAAAGACUUGUACAAGAGUCACAUUGAAGACACGUUCAAGAUGUGGUUUCCCGGGGGCCAGGAGAUCGUAUAUACCCCCAAAUGCAUGGCGUUCAGACUGGAGUGGGGAGCCCUUCGGUAUGCAUCUAACACCGCUUUCAUCGCUUUGGUCGCCGCCGAUGACGGCAUCAACACCGACUCGUACCGGAAGUGGGCGAUGACGCAGCUGCACUACGUGUACGGCGACACCGGAAGAAGUUACGUGGUGGGCUACGGAGUUAACCCCCCAAAGAAUCCACAUCACAGAGCCAGUUCCUGCCCCAUGCUACCGGCGCCGUGUAACUGGGAGUCCCAGACCAACAAGGGUCCCAACCCCCACACCCUGUACGGCGCCAUGGUGGGCGGCCCCGGUAAAGACGACAGCUACACCGACGACAGAAAAGACUACGUCAAGAACGAAGUUGCGUGCGACUACAACGCCGGUAUGCAGGCCUCUACAGCAGCAUUGGAGCAUCUCUCUCUGGUUCAUCAGCUCCCUACAACGUACAAGGAAAUAUGUCCUUGAACCCAACAACACUUAUUGUAAACAUUGUUAUUAAAUGUUCAUGACAAACGUA